GGCGGCCGCGCGGGGGCUGCCGGGAAGAUGGCGGACUCGGCGGCCGGCCGAUGAGGAGGCCGCGCGGGCAGCCCGGCCCCCGGGCCCCGAGAGCCGGCGAGGCGGCGAGCUGCGCGGGGCCGGGGGAGCCAUGGUCUCCGUCGCCCAACUCCAUGCUCCGAGUGCUGCUCUCGGCCCAGGCCUCCACCGCCCGGCUGUCCGGCCUGCUGCUGCUCCCGCCCGCCCAGCCCUGCUGCCUGGGCCCGGGCAAGUGGGCCGAGCGGCCCCCGGGCGGGGGUCCCGCCGCCGGCCCGCCCGCGCAGGGGCUGCAGCGGCUGCUGGAGCAGGCCCGGAGCCCCGGGGAGCUGCUGCGGUGGCUGGGCCAGAACCCCACCAAGGUGCGCGCCCACCACUACCCGGUGGCCCUGCACCGCCUGGGCCAGCUCCUGGGCGCGCAGCCGCGGCCCCCGCCCCCGGAGCCGGCCACGCUGCGGGACUUGAGCCAGCUCAUCAUCCGCCACUGCCCCUCCUUCGACAUUCACACCAUCCACGUGUGUCUGCGCCUGGCCGUGCUACUGGGCUUCCCGGCCGACGGACCCCUGGUGCGCGCCCUGGAGCAGGAGCGGAGGUCGCGCCUGCCGCCCAAGCCGCCGCCCAAGCCGCCGCCCCAGCCCCAGCCCCAGCCCGUGCCAGGCGGGCAGAGGUUGGAAGCGGCUCUGAGCUGCCCCCGGUUCCUGCGGCACCCGCGGCAGCAUCUCAUCCGCAGCCUGGCAGAGGCCAGACCCGAGGAACUGACUCCCCACGUGAUGGUGCUCCUGGCCCAGCACCUGGCCCGGCACCGCUUGCGGGAGCCCCAGCUUCUGGAGACCAUUGCCCACUUCCUGGUGGUCCAGGAAGCCCAGCUCAGCAGCAAGGUGGUCCAGAAGCUGGUGCUGCCCUUCGGGAGGCUCAACUACCUGCCCACGGAGCCGCAGUUCCUGCCCUGCCUGGAGCGGAUCCUGGCGCGCGACGCGGGGCUGGCCCCCCUGGCCACGGUCAACAUCCUGAUGUCGCUGUGCCAGCUGCGGUGCCUGCCCUUCCGCGCGCUGCACCUGGUGUUCUCCCCGGGGUUCAUUAGCCACGUCAGCGGCACCCCCCACGCGCUCAUCGUGCGGCGCUACCUCUCCCUGCUGGACACGGCCGUGGAGCUGGAGCUCCCGGGCUACCGGGGUCCCCGCCUGCCCCGCCGGCAGCAAGUGCCCAUCUUCCCGCAGCCGCUCACCGCCGACCGGGCGCGCUGCAAGUACAGUCACAAGGACAUGGUGGCCGAGGGGCUGCGCCAGCUGCUGGGGGAGGAGAAGUACCGCCAGGACCUGACCGUGCCUCCGGGCUACUGCACAGACUUCCUGCUGUGUGUUAACAGCUGCGGGGCCGUGCUGCCCGUGAGGACCCAGGACCCCUUCCUCCCGUACCCUCCCAGGGCCAGGCCCCGGGACCCCGCUGCUGCGGCUCAGCCCACGACCCGAGACCCGGCCCAGAGGGUGGUGCUGAUGCUGCGGGAGCGCUGGCACUUCUGCCGCGACGGCCGGGUGCUGCUGGGCUCCCGGGCCCUGCGCGAGCGGCACCUGACCCUCAUGGGCUACCAGCUGCUGCCGCUGCCCUUCGAGGAACUCGAGUCCCAGCGAGGCCUGCCCCAGCUCAAGAGCUACCUGAGGCAGAAGCUCCAGGCCUUGGGCCUCCGCUGGGGGCCGGAAGGGGGGUGAGGGGGUGUGCUCGGGGCUCAGGACAGCCCCCCUAUGGGGGGUGGACAGUUUGCACUUUGGACCCUCGUGUUUCGGUUUCUCAUUAAAGCUCCCUUUUCCC